AUGGACGUGAUUAUCUUCGCAUCCUUGGGAGCACCCGAUUUUCCGUCUGUAACAAAAUCAGCACCACAGCUGCUUCGCAAUAUGGGUGGCGGCUCGUCCCGUCCGUCGCCGCCUCCGCGCGUCCCAAAGACGCUGCCGUCUACCACUGUCUGGAUCCAGCAUUUGCCUCCAAUCAUCUCUGACACAACCCGUGAAGUUAUUCUCUCUAUCAGGCAGAUCCGCAGCCGAUAUUUGACUGGAGGCAUCUCGAGCCUAGGCCCCGAGGAAGUGGCGCUGCUCCUUGAGAGACUAAAUGUCUUGAGUGAAGAUGCUCGACACGCAGCCAACAUUCGGGACUAUGUUACGCUCUGUACUGAGGAGACUAUUUUGCGCUUAUUGACAGACCAUGGGCCUAUUUCACAAAAACUGCUCGAAGUUGCUCGUGCUGUAAACCCAUUCAUCGGGUCUCAAGCGACUGAUGCGGGGAGAUUGGAGGCAGACUCUACCUCUGGAGGAGAUGGCAACCUACCUAUUCCUUUUCGGCCGUCUGAUAUGUGUCUGAUGAAUGAGUGUGAGAAGGAUCUCUUGGUCUUGUUAUGUUACUGUGAUGUUGCUGUUCUCGAAGGGUCCAUCGAGGAGGCUCUGGCUCAACUGUUGAAAAUGGCAGAAAAGUACGGCACUAUUAAGGACCUAGAUCUUCGUAAAGAACCCCUUUCGGAAACCGAGGUAAUAUUGACCCAGGCACUUUCUGGAUCUGGAUCCUGGUACCUUAAGGACGCUGCUGCCUGCGAUGGAGUCAUUGCCAAGGGGAUCAACACAACCAUUCAACGUAUCAUCCUAGACGUGUGCCAAACGUCGGCCAUGCUGCUGCGUCGUAUCUCGCUCGCCGCGGCCGCCGUCGCCAGCGCAAAUGCGCAGAUUCAACUCCGUUGGUCAACUGAUCUUGGAGGCAAUGAGAACAGAACCUAUGGUCCUGACGGGCCAUGGCAGGCGCCGCUUUUCAAACUCAAUGUCACCGAGAUGCCUCUCUGGCCAGGCGGCUCUGGUGUUUCUGAGAUCCUAACAACAUCCGUCGGCGGGGACUACACGCCGCGCGCUGACACCGUCAAGACGGGGAGGAUGAGGGCCAACUCCGAUGGCUGGUUCAGCAGUGUCUUCAUGGAGGCGGGUUGGUCGGGCAUGGAGUACUGGGACGGCAUGGUGAUCGACUCGAGGAUGGGAACCAGUCAUGAGAUCAAGGUUAACGCGACUUUGGUCGCCGCGACGGCAUGGAAUAGUUCUACCCUCUCCAACACGACUGCCUACACGCCGACGGUUGGUACACUUGGCCUCGGACCCAGGAGCGAGAGAAGCGACGACACAACCGUCCCGGGGAUCCUCGAACAGCUCAAGACCUCGGGCGAUAUCGAUAGGACUGCUUUCAGCGUGCAAAUGGGGAGUGCCGCUCUCGAUAUUCCCGGCUCGUUGGUGCUCGGCGGAUACGAGCAGAACAGGGCGCUCGGUCAAGUUGGCACAUUUGCACUCCAGGAUUCGACACCGAUGAUGUUUCUUAGGGAUGUCAUCUUCGACUUUCAGAUACGGAACCAGUCUUUCUACCCCAUCAAGUCGAACGUGAGCUUUUGGACGAAUCCUACAGACCUCGGUAUGCAAUAUACCAAGUACGUCGGCGGCGCUGCCGGCUCGGCGGUCGUGAUUCCGAACCCAGCUUCACCGUACAUCUAUCUACCGCCAGGAAUCUGCGAAGCUAUAGCAGAGAAUCUUCACAUGACGUACCACAAUAAAUCAGGGCUCUACCUUUGGGAUACUGAUCUAGGGGCUCAACUCUUCGUCAACCAGUCAGCCUACCUCGGCUUCGUCUUGGCUGACUCGAGCGCAACGAACAUGACCAUCAAAGUCCCCUUCCAGCUCCUCAACCUAACAUUGGAACCUCCCCUGGUGGAGCAAACGGCCAACUACUUCCCCUGCAAAUCCAUCAACUCAAGCUACGGCUUCUGGCAGCUUGGCCGCGCCUUUCUACAAGCCGCAUUCCUCGCCGUCGACUACGAAUCCAAUGUUACCUACAUGGCGCAAGCCCCAGGCCCGCGUAUGGAGCAGAGCAUCGUGAAGAAGUUUGACGGCGCGGCCAUCAACACCAACCCGGCCGAGUCAUUCGUCACGACGUGGGGAGACGCCUGGGACAAAGGACAAGUUUUGCAGAGCUUCCACACCGACGACAAGACUUUAACGGCCGGAGAAAAGGUUGGCAUCGCAGUCGGAGUCGUAGGUGCGGUUCUCGUGGCGCUGUGGUUUUUGCGCCGUCGCAGAAAGCAGAAGGAGGGGCCUGACUCCCCGCCGGAUGCCGUUGACAAGGCUUUUUUAUGGUUCAAAGAGAAGAGGGGCAAGAGCCAGAUGACGCAGGUGGAGAGUCAGAUGAGCUCGAUGGCCGAGAACGGGGGAAACGGGGGGAUACAUAUGGCUUAUCAGGCGGAACCAAAGGUUCUGAGGGAAGGGAGCCACGUCAACGAGUUGGAUUCGCGGUCGCCUCUCACUGAGAUGGGGACGCCGUUGCCGCAUGAGAUUGGCUCUACGGAUCAUCGUCCGGUCAGGCACGAGGCACCGGACGACCACAUGGUGUUUGAGCUGCCCGCCAGCUCCGAGAGAGCGAACAAGACACGAUGA